AUGAUUUGGAAUAAUGAGAGUGAGGAUUUUUCUAAGCUUGGUUUGCAUGCUUUUUGUAGUUGGCAAGAGUGGUUUGUAGCGCAGGAAAAUACUUCCCGGGAACAUGAGCAUUCACAUUCUCUGAGUUGGAGCCCGCCUAUGGAGGGUAGCCUAAAAUGCAAUGUUGACGCAGCGGGAGUUUUGGCCCUCAAAGAAGCUAUUCUUAGUGCUAUUGACUUGCAUCUGGUGAAUGUCAUCUUCGAGUGUGAUUCUCAAGUUAUGACUCAAGCCAUUCGGUCGGAUUUUAAUGGUUUUUCCGAAUUUAGUUCUAUUAUUUCAGCUAUUCGCAGUUUGUUGUUACAUUUUCCCAACUUUGAGGUCAAGUUUGUUAAACGCCAAGCGAAUUCGGUGGCUCACGCUUUAGCUAAGGCGGCCGAUUCUUGGACUAGGCGUAGUUUCUUUAAUAUGAGUCCUCCUUGUAUUGAACAUUUGCUUACUAGUGAUAUGAGUUGA